CCCGCUCCGCUGUCAUGGCUGCCGUGUUGUCAGAUCGCCUGGAGGGAGCACAUGGAGCUGCUCCGGGGGACGGCGGCAGCGCCAAGUCCCGGGGGGAACCUUGUGCAGCCACGGACGGGUUGCUGGAGCUCGAGCUGUCGGUGCUGCGAGGCUUCCAGAGAGCGGCGGAGGCCGGGCGCUGUAAACAGGAGCGCGGAACAGAAAGCAACUUCUUGCUGCACCAAUUGUUCGAGGGGAACUUUGAAGGGAUAUUAUUGAAUCGAAAGAUUCAGGAAAUUUUCGCUGCUCAAAUCACUGAUGAAGAAACUAUCGACAUCUAUUUGGAAAAUCAGAUCCUGGCAUAUCUCAGUGGUCCAUCUGAAGAUCAAGUUGAAAGACAACUGGCAGUGUUCUUUCUGGGUGUUGGCAGUUUACAGCUGUUUGUGCAGAGUAACUGGACCGGACCGCCUGUUCAGAUUCAGCCCAAGGAUGUUUUGCCUGCAAUAAUGAAAGGGAACUUUGCUGCGGCUCAAGACAUACAAGUCACUUUAUUGAAUAGUUUGGUUUUGGACGGAGAAGCAAUUUACAACCUCCUUUCCAACCCCAUCCUGCUGAUAUUAGCCAGGACAAUUCUGGUGAACUGCAGGGGUAAACUGGAUCUUUUCCAGAUGUUGCCCUGGUGGACAAUACGAUGUGUUAACAUUCACCAGCAGUUACUGGCAGAGCGCUCUUCUCAACUCUUCACCAUUACUCAGUGCUGCAUUGACAAAGUGCAGUCAAACAAGGCCUUUUUCAGCUCUGGGGAAUGUCAAAAUUUAGCUAUCCAGUUCCAUCUGGAAUGUGGGUAUGCUUUGCUCUACUACUACGAUUACAUAAGGGCCAAGGAGAAUUUCACUGCAGCCCAGAAAAUGGCAAAGCUUUCCACCAAAAUGACAGGUACUUUGGGGAAGCGGACUCGAUUCCAGGAAAAAUAUUUGGCUCAGCUUAUGCUGGAUGUCCAGCGGGAAGGUGAUGUCCUCCAUCAAACAGAUCUUAUGCUACCACCAACACCUUUGGAAAAUUUGCCCAAGAACCUUGAGCUGAGUGAUGAUACUUUGCUGAAUUCAAUUGAACUGGUAGAUCCUAAGGAACAUAAGGCACUCGACCUGUGUGCAGAGGAGCUUGCUGUAAUCCUGGGUAUCUGUACAGAUUUUCAGAAGAACAACCCUGUACAUAAACUGACUGAAGAAGAGCUGUUGGCAUUCACCUCGUAUAUAUUGUCGCAACCAAAGUUUUGGGCCAUUCAGGUAACCACUCUAAUGAUGAGGACUAAACUGGAGAAAAGUAAUUCUCGGCGGAUUGAGCGUGCAAUGAUGCAGACGCAGGUUCUAGCAGACCAUUUUGAAGACAAGACCACAUCUGUGGUGGAGCGGCUAAAGAUCUUCUACUGUUGCCAAGUGCCCCCGCACUAUGCUGUUAAGCGACAGCUUGCCACAUUACUCUUGGAACUGGGAUGUGUCAGUUCAGCUCAGCAGAUCUUUGAACAGCUGGAGAUGUGGGAAGAUGUUGUGAUAUGCUACGAAAGAAUUGGAAAACAUGGAAAGGCAGAAGAAAUCCUCCGAAGGGAGCUGGAGAAGAAAGAGACUUCCACCUUGUACUGCCUGUUGGGAGAUGUGCUGAAUGACCACCAGUGUUAUGACAAGGCUUGGGAGCUGUCCAAUCACCGCAGUGCCCGUGCACAGCGCUCUAAAGGGCUGCUGCACCUCCGCAACCAAGAGUUGAAACAAUGCGUGGAAUGUUUCGAGCGAUCAGUGAAGAUCAACUACUUACAGCUUGGCGUUUGGUUUUCUUUGGGCUGUGCAUAUCUGGGGUUGGAAAACUUUGAAAAUGCUGUAAAAGCAUUUCAGAAAUGUGUGAUGCUGGAACCUGACAAUGCAGAAGCGUGGAACAAUCUAUCAACAGCAUAUAUCCGACUUAAAGAAAAAGAUAAAGCUCUACGGUCACUCCAGGAAGCCAUUAAAUGUAACUAUGAACAUUGGCAGAUCUGGGAGAACUAUAUUCUUACCUGCAUAGAUGUUGGCGAGUUUGGAGAUGCUAUUAAGUCAUACCAUCGACUUAUGGACCUAAAAGACAAUUACAAAGACAUUCAGGUUCUGAAAAUCCUGGUGCGGGCUGUGAAAGAAGGGAUCACUGAUCGCAGAGGAGAUUCUGCAAAGCUUUUGACAGGGAAACUGCGGGAGCUAUUUGGUAGGGUGACUUCCAAAGUAACGAGUGAUGCUGAGAUUUGGAGGUUGUAUGCUAAGCUUUGUGGUGAUGGGCAAACAGGAAGUUCAGAAGACAAUGAAAAGGCCCUGCAGUAUCUCAAUAAAGCACAUCGGUGUGAAACACAGUUAAGCGGGUGGGAGAAAGAUGCUGCCUCUUUCAAAGAAGUAGCAAAACGAGCAAUAGAACUCGCACAUGUCUCCAUUAAAUGCAGUAAAAGCAAAACUAAUCCUCAGGAGGCUCUGCAGAUGUUGUCCUCGGCUCGCCUCAACCUUCGCGGCCUCUCCAGCAAAGCACAGCAACUUUACACUGAUGUUACUACGGGUGAAGUACAGACCGAAUUAGCCGAUGAGAAACAGACAAUGGACAAUUUGAUUUUGGAACUUGAAGAGCUUGGCAACCAACUGAGGGAGAAAAAGACCUGAAUCAAAAUUUCAUCAAAGGAAUAACACCGAUUAGCAUUCUCUAUGUAAUGAAGCAAUGCACUAGAUCUGGAUGAAUUAUAAAUAAAAUACU